AUGAGGAAGCCCCUCAACAAUCUCAAGCGCUCUUUCUCGUCCUUCCAUUUAUGCCGGACCAAAAGAGGCGACGCCGUUGCCCCAACCGCAGCCGCUUACCGCCACUCGCCCUACAAUCCCAAAGCCCGCGACACCAAUUUCCCCAAGUUCCUGUCUCCUCCGCCCACCACCCCCGACGACCGCCGCCGCCCGCUCGGCAAUCAGCCGCGGCGGAUGGUGGUGAGUCACUCGAGGUCGCCGCUUCUCCACGACAACCUGUCUGCGUCGGAUUGCAACAGCGACUCGAUCAAAUCCGCAAGGAGGAGCGACACCAGGUGGUAG